AGCAGCUCAGCACAGCCAUCAUAUGGAGCGACCUUGUCUCUAAUGCAGUGGCGGUUAGUCAGCCAUAUUUUGGAGAAAGUCAGAUUUAUAAACAGCAGCAGGUAGAUCCACAAAAGCGACAAAAGCAAACAUAAACAUAAAAAAUGUAUUGAAAUUUAUCUAAGUACUUAUGUAAGUGCAAAGCGAACAAGAAGCAGCAGCAAUCAUGAACACCUCCAACACUUUACUGAAACUUCUGUUGGCACUUUCAUGUAAAAGCCUCUUCAAUCGACACUUUGGCAGCUCGGCAGCCCCCAUGCAGACUACCGACGACGGACAUUGGAAGUUUAUAGCGCGCCACGAGUGGAGCGCACGUCCGCCCAUGGAGCGCAAACGCUUUGCAAGGCCGGCACCUUUUCUUAUCAUUCACCACUCAUACGAACCAGGCAUUGCUCUGACGGCAGAUGAUUGCCGUGCUGCCAUGCAACAGAUACAGGACUUCCACAUGAAUGACCGCCAUUGGGCGGACAUUGGCUACAGUUUUGCCAUCUGUGGUGAUGGCAAUGUGUACGAGGGGCGCGGCUACGAAAUGGUCGGAGCACACGCGCCACUCUACAAUAAUCGUAGCAUUGGAUUGCUGUUAAUUGGCGAUUUUACAGCCCAGCUGCCACCGGCGCCGAUGAUGGCGGUGGCACAGGAUUUUAUUAAUUAUUCAAUCGAAGGCGGACACUUGCAUGAGGACUACAUUUUGUAUGGCCAUCGGCAGGUGAGAUAUGGCACGGAUUGUCCGGGCGAUGUCCUUUUUUCGGAGAUACAAAAUUGGCCGCAUUGGCAAAGUGAUGUGGGGGUUGUGGCUUAUCUGCCAGUCCAGGCAGGCGCAACUGUGGAUGUGCCUUUGACCGUGAAGCCAUAG